GAUUCUUAAAGUCGCAAUCAUACUUUAUCGAGCGAGACAAAAAGUCAUCAUUGAUUAACAUAAACACAAUCAUCAGCUCUGUAUACAAACAAUUUAAUUUGUUUUUGAGUUGUGAAUCUUCAUCAAGUUUAUAAGCCGCAAAAUUGAGAGAAUCAGUAAGUAAAUAAAUAAGAGCAAGCAGCGAGUUCCGUACAGUUCACUGAAAAUUAUUGAGGCAAUAAUUCAUUGUAUUUCUCCGGCAUUAAUAAGUUUUGUUGUGAAUCACACAUUCAUACGUAAAAUAAAAUAAAAAUAAAAACAUCCCUCAUACAUUAAGUGAAUAGAGUGAGAAGAAAUCGGCAGUUACUGUUCAGACUUUAACAAGAAGAGAAAACAACAAUAACAAGCAGAAAAAGAGAAAUAACUCGCAAUAAUGAAGUAUACGAUAUUAUUUAAUAUUCUUUUGAUUAUCGGUGCUGUAUUGGCAGCAACAGAAUUUGAAGAAGAUAGUGGUGAACAAAUUACAAGUACGACAGCUGGUGCCCCAGUGAACGAUAAAGAAUCUCAAAAGGAAGACGGCAAUGACGAUGAUAGCACAGAAGUAAAAGAUAAUAAGAAGCCUGUCAAUUUCUUUUAUGGACAACAGUCACAUUCCGUAUUUAAUUCUAAUGGAAAUGGCAUUGUUGUUAGCUCACGAUUUGAUAGUAAUGGAAACGAAGAAAAAUACAUUAGCAUCGGGUCACCAAAGAUAAGGAUUGAUGGGGAUCACUUCACAUGUACAAAUCUAUCAUGCCCUGAGAGCACAUUCAAGUGUGUUGUUACAUCCGAAGCACUCGCUGAUGAUCGCAAUUCUAUGAAAACUAAGGCUGAAUGUUUAGACAAGGAAGGUAAAGUAUUGGAAGAUACCGAAUAUACAGAAAAAAAUCCACAUCCAGAAGCAGAACCACCAUUCAGCAGAAUUGCAACAGUUGAUCGUAAUGGCGGUAUUGAUGUUGAAGAUAGCACUGGAAGAAACACAUUUAAUGUCAAAAAAUUAACUAAAGAGGAACAGGAAAAGGUCAAUAAGGAACUUCAAGAAAAUCAACAAAGAAUCAAUGAAAUGUUCGCUUAUCAGCAGAGACUCUUCCAACAGCAAAUGGAUGAACUUAAUCGUCAAUUGUCUGCAACCUUUGGCAAUCCCAACUUCCCAUUCGGUAACUAUAAUCCAUUCCGUCAAAAUAUCGGAUUUAGUAGCUUCCCAUUCGGAAACAAUUGGCCUUUCGGUGGAUCAUUUGGAAAUAGUUUUGGUUACCAAAACAGCUUUCCAUUUGGAAACAACAAUCCAUUCAGAGAUAACGUCAAUUUCGAUUCUAUUGAUAUUGAUCGUCCAUCCAAUACAUUUUAUGUUGAAACCUCUAACCCUACUAACAUUAAUAACCCUCAUAAUCCAGCAUCUAUUAAUCCAUAUGCACCAAUCAGACCAACAAAAGAAAUUGAAUCUGCAUUCGACAAUAGUAAUGAAAGCGAUAACGAAAUUUUCAGUGAUUCUAACAACCGUAUUAUGGUAAAUAACAUGAAUAAUCGUAAUAAUCGAUAUAAUGAAAGAUAUCGAUAUGCUCAUGGCUACUAAUGAUUGUGACCAUACUAAAAUUAUUUUCUACUCUUCUAUAGGAGACUAAAUAAGACUAAAAUUAAGUAAUGCAUGCGGAUGAAGCGAUUUAAUAUUAAUUAAUGUAUUGUUACAAGGAGGAGUAAUUUUUUUACGAAAAAGAACUGUGAAUAAAGAAUCUGUUGUUUAAAUUUA